AUGGAUAUAAUCAGUGGAUUGUCUGAGGAGUUGCUGAUUAAGAUAUUAUCGUAUCUUCCAACAAAAGUUGCUGUAUCCACUAGCCUCUUGUCGAAACAAUGGGAGUUUAUUUGGAUGUGGUUGCCUAAACUUGAGUACAAUAGUAAAUAUUACUCAGAGUCUGAAUGCGAGCGGUUACGGUGUUUUCUUGACAGAAAUCUGCCAUUACAUAGAGCUCCGGUUCUUGAAAGCUUCCGUAUCCAGUUUCGUCAUCCUCAUUUAAAACCUGAAGAUAUCAAACUUUGGCUUUUAACUGUAGUUUCUCGCUGCAUACGUGAGCUGGAGGUUUCUUAUUCUUAUCCUUUGAAGGAGCUUAACGUAUUGCCGAGUAGCUUGUAUACUUGCAAAUUGCUCGUGACCUUGAGACUCAAUGGACCGAUUCUCUUGGAUGUUCCUCGUAUGGUUUGUCUUCCUUGUCUCAAAAAAUUGCGACUUCAUAGAGUGACAUACGUCAAUAAAGGUUCUCUUCAACGGCUUCUGUCUAAUUGUCCUGUUCUUAAUGAUCUAUCGGUAGAAGAACCCAAUAGUACAAGACCUAUGAGAAAUCUCAGUGUUAUCGUUCCCUCUUUGCUACGUUUAACAAUUGAUAUGAUUUGUGUGUUGGAUGAGUUUGUGAUAAAUACUCCUUCUUUGGAGUACUUGAAGCUUGAGUAUUAUAGUGAUAAGAGUCACCGCUGUUUGAUUGAGAAUAUGCCUAAGCUGAGGGAGGCAUCCGUAGAAGUUCUCUUUCCUUAUAUCAAGAGGCUUAUCGGAUCAAUCACAAAUGUCAAGAAGCUUACAUUAUGCCUAAGCGAUUGUUCAGAGCCUCUGUAUGGUGAUGGUUUUGUCUUCAACCAGCUUGAACAUCUCAAGCUAUGUGUAUGCCCAAAGUCUUCGUCAAAUGUCCUCGUCCAGUUGCUCAAGGAUUCUCCUAAUUUACGAGUACUAGACCUCUUCGAAAUGGAAGAUCAUGUCCCUAGACGUAUGGAUGGCUGGAAUCAACCAACUACUGUUCCUGAAUGUCUGUUGUCGAGUCUUGAAACUUUCAACUGGUCGGGGUACUUAGGAAGACCACAAGAAAGAGACAUUGCGAUUUAUAUCUUGAAAAACGCUCGUUGCUUAAAGACGGUAAAGAUAUUGUCUGAAGCAUGUUUUGUUUCGAGAGAUGACAUGCUAAAGGAGUUGGCACUUUGUCCCCGAGCUUCAACCACAUGCCAACUUGUAUUUGACUCAUGA